CAGCUCUACAAUGCUUUCCCCUUUUUAAUACAUUAUCUCCCAGGAAGUCAUAACACAAUAUUUAAAAACAUAAUUGAGCAAAGAAAGUUCAUUUUCGAGAACAUAAAGAAACACCAAGAAUCCCUUGACCUCAGUAACCCUCAAGACUUUAUUGAUUACUUCCUGAUUAAAAUGGAAAAGGAAAAGCACAAUAAGCAGUCUGAAUUUACCAUGGACAACUUGAUCACUACCGUAUUGGAUGUAUUUACUGCUGGAACAGAGACAACAAGCAUGACUUUGAGAUAUGGACUCCUGCUCCUGCUGAAGCACCCGGAGGUCACAGGUAUGGUCACAGAUGAUGGACAGAAUGCAAUUUUGGGUAGAAAUUGGCAGGCAACCCUGAUGACGAUUCUACUCUUCACCUGUCUAGAAAAUGUACCUGAGAAACUUCCAUCGUUAGUACAUCCUCCUACCACUGGAUGAAUUCAGUUCAAGUCA